GACAGUGACAUUUCAUUCAAGCAACUACACUCGACGCGUCACUUACGUCGAAUUUUUUAAUUUAUUAUUGACAAAGCAAAUCUUGUGAUACGUGUGAUUUUAUACACAUACUGGUGAUAAUAUUAGUGUUAAGAUUUGUUAUGUUGUUGUUGUGAAGUGUGAAACCCAACGAGCUUACCCUGCCUGCGUGAGUGCCAAGAGCCCUGGUCCCCGCCAUUAGUUGAGUGGAGUGCCCCGGUGCCCCUGUCCGCCCCCUCGCUCCACGCUCGCUGCACGGCUCCAGCAUGGAUCUGGAGAAAGCUCCCGCCCAGCUCGAGGAGGACUCCAAGGUCACCCUCACCAUCAGACUGAUCAUGCAAGGGAAGGAAGUUGGCAGUAUCAUUGGCAAGAAGGGAGAAAUUGUCAAACGGUUCAGAGAAGAGUCCGGCGCUAAGAUCAACAUAUCGGACGGGUCGUGUCCGGAGCGCGUGGUGACCGUCACCGGCAACACCAGCGCCAUCUUCAAGGCCUUCACGCUCAUCUGCAAGAAGUUUGAGGAAUGGUGCUCCCAGUUCAGCGAGGGCGGCGGCGGCGGCGGCGGCUGCCGCGCGCCCAUCACGCUGCGCCUCAUCGUGCCCGCGUCGCAGUGCGGCUCGCUGAUAGGGAAGGGCGGCUCCAAGAUCAAGGAGAUACGUGACGUCACUGGCGCUAACAUACAGGUGGCGUCGGAGAUGCUGCCCAACUCCACGGAGCGCGCGGUGACGGUGAGCGGCGCGUGCGACGCCAUCACGCAGUGCAUCUACCACAUCUGCUGUGUCAUGCUCGAGAGUCCCCCGAAAGGCGCGACCAUCCCGUACCGACCCAAGCCCAAUGUCUCCGGGCCCGUGAUCCUGGCGGGCGGGCAGGCCUACACCAUCCAGGGCAGCUACGCCGUGCCCGCGCAAGACAUGGGUGGCCUGGCGAAGUCCCCGCUGGCCGGGCUCGCGGCGCUCGGGCUGGGAGGCCUCGCGCCCGCCAACGCAGGAGGACUCAACCCCGCAGCAGCGCUGGCGGCGCUGGCGGGGUCGCAGCUGCGGUCGACGGCGGCGCGCGGCGCCCCGCCCCCCGCGCAGCAGAGCCACGAGAUGAGCGUGCCCAAUGAGCUCAUCGGGUGCAUCAUCGGGAAGGGCGGCACGAAGAUCGCGGAGAUCCGCCAGAUCUCGGGCGCCAUGAUCCGGAUAUCCAACUGCGAGGAGCGCGAGGGCGGCUCCACGGACCGCACCAUCAGUAUCACCGGCAACCCCGACGCCGUCGCGCUCGCGCAGUACCUCAUCAAUAUGAGGAUCACGAUGGAGACGGCGGGGCUGCCGCUGCAGGGCUACCACUACGUGGCCCCCAGCCACAUCGUGAAGGCGCCCAUCCACUGAGCGGGGCCCCGGGGGGGCGGGGGCGGGGGCGCGAGGGACGGGGGCUGCCCCCCGCCCCGGCUAGUACUUCACAUGAGACCAAACCACCAGGAGGCGAUUGGCAAUUUUUAGAUAACUAGCUAAGCGUAUGUUUACAUUUGUUACAAGUUUAUAAGUAUUUUAGAUAUUCUUAUAUUUAUUCUCCACUCGUAUUUAAUUGAAGUAUAUUUGGAAGGUCGGCGUGCACACGCGAGGAAAUCAGGGACACGUGGAUGAGACAUAGCUAACUAGUAUACUAACGGAUAAUAUUGAGUAUAUCUUUAAAUUAUGUGCCAAUUCCCCUCGGGCCACGGCCGGCGCGCGGCUUUCAGUUUUAUUUAAAAGGCGAGAGAGUUUAGAAUUCCCCGCCCGCCGCGGGCCGGCCGUGGCCGCUAGUGUAACAGACGACAGGAUUUAGCUAAGCUGAUCGAAUUUACUAUUGAAUUAAGCGAUCAAACGUUUUAACCUAACGGCUCGAUUGGUUUUAUUAAUUUAUGAUCAGUACUGACCACAAAAAGAAUGUUCAAAGUAAGUAAGUUUGGCGCGUGGUAGUGUAUGUAGCGGGCGCGGUAGCGUAGUGGCAGAGAGAGACGGUUCAAGACAAUAUUUGUAAAUAAAGUAAUCGUAAUGGCGCGCCCCGCCCGCGCCCACGGGGGC